AGGCCGGGGAGCGCGCGGCGCCUGCGCGGCCUUUUCACCGUGCUUCAAUCCUCUGGAGCGAGCUGAAGAGAGGAAGGGCCAGCGCUGUGUUCCUGCUAGAACUGAAAUGGAUGGAGUUGAGAGGAAAAAGACAGAGGCUCGGAGGAGCAUCAUGAAAGACAGCGAGCUCAAACGAGACUCCGGCAUCCCUGAGCGCGUGACACUCAAGAAGGAGAUCGGGCUUCUGAGCGCGUGCACGAUCAUCAUCGGGAACAUCAUCGGCUCGGGGAUCUUCAUCUCUCCUAAAGGUGUUCUAGAGCACUCGGGCUCUGUGGGUUUGGCUCUGGUGGUGUGGAUGUUGGGUGGAGGCAUCGCUGCUCUUGGCUCCCUCUGCUACGCUGAGCUGGGCGUAACCAUACCCAAAUCUGGAGGAGACUAUUCCUACGUCACCGAGAUCUUCGGCGGACUCGUGGGGUUUCUGCUGUUAUGGAGUGCAGUAUUGAUCAUGUAUCCCACUACACUGGCAGUCAUAGCGCUCACCUUUUCCAGCUACGUGCUUCAGCCUGUGUUUCCAUACUGUGUUCCUCCAUACAUCGCCACACGCAUGCUGUCCGCCAUCUGCAUACUGUUUUUGACGUGGGUGAACUGCUACAGUGUGCGUUUGGCCACACGGAUCCAGGAUGCGUUUACCGUCGGGAAGCUCCUGGCUCUGGGACUCAUCAUUACUGUGGGAUUAGUGCAGAUCUGUGGAGGUAACUAUGAGAGUCUGACCCCGCAGACGGCGUUCACCUUUAAUAAAGCUCCGUCUAUAGGCCAGAUCGCCCUGGCUUUUCUUCACGCCUCCUUCGCCUUCAGCGGAUGGAACUUCCUCAACUACGUUACAGAGGAAGUAGUGGAUCCCAGGAGGAAUCUACCCCGUGCCAUCUACAUCUCCAUUCCACUGGUGACAUUUGUGUACACGCUCACAAACAUCGCCUACUUCUCCUCAAUGUCACCUGAGGAGCUGCUGUCCUCAAACGCUGUGGCUGUCACGUUCGGUGAGAAGCUUCUCGGGAUGUUUUCCACACUCAUGCCCAUUUCUGUGGCUCUGUCCACUUUCGGGGGUAUCAAUGGUUACCUGUUCACCUCCUCCAGGUUGUGCUUUUCCGGGGCUCGUGAAGGACAUUUACCCAGCCUUCUGGCUAUGAUCCACUUUAAGCACUGCACACCGAUCCCAGCUCUGCUCGUCUGCUGCACGGCCACAAUUGUAAUCUUGUGCAUUGGCGAAACCCACAACCUCAUAAACUACGUCUCUUUCAUCAACUACCUCUCCUAUGGAGUCACUAUUGCUGGCCUGCUGUACUACAGAUGGAAGAAGCCAAACUUAUACAGGCCGAUUAAGGUGAGUCUGCUGGUGCCUGUGUGUUACCUGCUCUUCUGGGCUCUCCUGCUGGCCUUCAGUUUGCACUCGGAGCCGCUGGUGUGUGGUGUGGGUUUGGUCAUUAUGCUCACUGGAGUACCCGUUUAUUUCCUGGGGGUUUACUGGAAAGACAAGCCCAGAUGCAUAUAUGACUUCACAGAGUGGGCCACAUACCUGGGACAAAGAGUGUUUUUUGUGGUUUUCCCACAAAUCGACCCCAUUGAGUUGGCAGAAUGGACUGACAAAUCUUCCUUCACAAGCAAAGCUUCGGGACAUCUUUGAGCUUUGAUUUACAUUAAUUUGGCAGCUCUUCGCUUAAAAUAAACGAUGUCGUAUAAUAGUAGUAGUAGCAGUAGUAAAAAAGGGAAAUGAAACAAUAACCGCCUCAUUUAUCUCAAUGGGGACUGUAUAUGUGAAUGUCUGCUUCCUGCUUUUAUGGAUCAUGUUGCUCACUGUUUUAUUUAGGAGUGCUAUUUUGAAUCCCUGUAAUUCGUUAUUGGGUUUCACUCUGUUGAUACAUGUACAGAAUCUCUCCCCUCUUUUGUACAAUACUUCAUCUGUGAUGCCUUAAUCACAUAACAGAUUAUGCAGACACUGCUGUAAAUACAUUUAAAGACUUUCUAACAACGUUCACUCUUCUCAGUUUGGGCUUUUAGUCUGAAACGACGGUGUUCCCUUCAGGUAUAUUUUCUUAUUCUUUCAGAAUGUGAUUUGUGAAUGAAUUGCUUAAAAUGGCUGACAAGCGACUGAAAGUCAGAGUUAUUGGCCCUCCUGUAAAUUUUAAUUUCUAAUAACUGAUAUUUUAAUCUUUGCCAUGAUGACAGCACAUAAUAUUAGACUAGAUAUUCUUCAAGACACUAGUAUUCAGCUUAAAGUGACAUUUAAAGGCUUAACUAGGGUAAUUAGGGUAAAGUUAGGGUAAUUAGGCAAGUCAUUGUAUAACAGUGGUUUGUUCUGGAGACAAUCCAAAACUAAUAUUGCUUAAGGGGGCUAAUAAUAUUGUUGUUAAAAGGUAUUUCAAAAAUUAAAACAGCUUUUAUUCUAGCCGAAAUAAAACAAAUAAGAUUUUCUCCAGAAGAAAAAAUAUUAUAGGAAAUACUGUGAGAAAUUCCUGAAUCUGUUCAAUGUCAUUUGCGAGCUAUAGGAAAAGGAAAUUUACAGGAGGACUAAUGAUUGUGACUUCAACUGUAUUGUACUCGCUUUUUUCCUAUUUUUUUCCCCCUUUAGUGAAAACUUGCUGAGGUUUAUAGAGGAUUAGAAUCUGUAGGGUUUAACAUUAACACUCACCAAGUGCUGAAGUAAAAAAAAACAGUAUUGUUGAGUAAAUAGUGU